CGGAAAGACGGAUGAAGCCCGUAAGAUUGACGUUCUAAGAUGGAAAUAAACACUGCCGUGAUCUUUCGUCGCGCGGCUUCAUUAUUGUGUCAAUAUUCUUUGGUGAGAAAGUAGUACAGGUUUCAUCUUUUACUCUUACACCACCUAAUCCUAAAGAAGUCAUUCUCAUCAAGUCAAGUAUCGAAAGCAAAGAUGAAGCUUCUGGUCGCUACCUGCGCCGCAGCGGUCUGCGUAUCGGCUACGAAGCCUUCGGUUAGCUUCCUCCAGAUGAAGCGGACUGCCACCAAGUACGACGGGUAUGAACCUUUUCUAAAAAAUCUAAAUCUUCAACUUCAUAGAUAAUCUUUUAGAAGUAGGACAUUGGUGGCUCGAACGUGUAGAAAUUCAACUGUCCGGCAAAGAUGGAUUAAAUCUGUUUUGCAUACGCAUAAUUAGGAAAUACAACCACCGAAGAAGCAACAAGAACAAACCUACUUAAUCUUCUACGAUACAGAUACUACGAGACCUAUGACGACUUUGCGGAGGAUCCUGAUGGUAUGACGGUCGAGGAAGCUGCUCAGCAGGGCUCCGAAAUCGACGAUGCUGGUGAAAUGGACCUCGACAUGGUCGAGAAUGGCGACCAAGAUGCGGUAUUCUUUUUUAUCAUGGUGUUAGUGGUUUAAUAGUCUUGUGUCAGCACGUGAAGUGUUUAUUCUAGGUCUAGCGCAUGAAAAUUCUAAAGAACGAUAGGAAUUUCUCUCUUUCAGCAAAAAUAACACUUCUGAACAGCCGGAUCCGCAAGUGUAUCCUGGUGAGGAUGUAGCCUUGGAAGAUGCCAAUGACGAGGAGAACGACUUCGCCCCGUCGCACGACCACGUCAGCGUGAUUCACCACGGCGCUCGUCGCUACAACAACCGUGACAUGCAGCGUCGUUAAAGGAACUGGUGGAUCAAGGAACUACUGGUGGAUCGCGAAAAUGAACUACCACUGACAUAAUUGUUUGAUGAAGCAGUAAAAUAGAUUGUAUUGAUAUAAGUCAGAAAAAAUCCAUUGAUUUGUAUGAAAGAGAAGAUUCUGUAAAUGAAUAGAGUUGUAAAAUCAGACGAGGUAACUACAGUCGAGAGGAGAGAGACGUUAGAAAUAUUUUGACAGUGAUUUGCAUCCGCAACCUUAGAACGAGAUUGGAUUUCUCGAUUUUCUUGUUUUUUCCAGAGCGCAUUGCAUCCGUUUUUGUGUGUGUAUUCCUGGCAAGUUUUCGUUUUUGUUUCGCUUGUUUUCCUUUUCCAUUGGGAUUGUAGUGCACCAGCUAGUAGUAGUACAUUCAAGAGCGUUUUUUGGACAUGCUUUGAGAUUGAGCCGACGAUAUCUGAUUUACGUGGAUAAGAGCAUUUGGAUUUGGAGAUUUGUGGUAUUGAUGUGAAAGUGAAGAAGACAAGCAAAGAAUGCAGCUCCACAUGCUGGGGUUCGAUUGAGUCCUUGUUUUGUGGCCCAUGCGUCGGUCAGAAAAGCUCGUAUCGUUUUCGGUGAAAAAUCG